GGAGGAGGGAUAAGGGGAAUGAUUUAGGCUAUUAUGAAAGGAAGAUAGAGACAGAGUGAGGAACAGAGAUCACGUCGUGCAGACGACAACAUCCUUAUUGCGACGGGGGCUGCAGCUGCUUAAAGAGAGAGAAAAAUCUCAUAAUAUUAGAAAAGGCCAGUGGCCGUUAUUGACGCAGCGCGCGGCACCAGCAGCGUCACUGGAGGAGGCAGAGAGACGCGAGCACGUCCUCAUUCAAAGCUUCUUACAAAGGCUCCCGACAGGAGUGAUUUUGUGAGAGAGGAGGGGCGCUGGACGAGCCAGGGUGGCCAGGAUGACAGGCUGUUCAUCCCCUGCAAGCGCCACGGCCAACGAGAAGGAUGUGACCGAUAGAAGAAGCCGCUGCCCCUUGCGCCCCGUACCGAAGAGGAGAGCGCAUACGCCCUCCGGACUCCGGACUCCACCCCUUACCUGGACCCUUCCUCCAUGAACACUGCCCAACCCAAACGAACCCUGCAGCACGUCGAGGACACCAGAUCCCCUGUUUGUUUUGGACACUCUCCCCCUUUGGCCACUUUUAUUUCCCUGUUUUGUUUUGUUUUCUGUUAAUAAAAGCCCACUGUGUCUGUCGUUUGCUCCUCCCACCACAUUUUAUAACCACAUAAAUUAUAAAAAUAAUAUAUAAUUAAAAACUGAAGUAAAUAAUUACAGAUAUUAUAAAAUAUCCUUUAAAAUGAUUUUUUUCAAUGUAGGGGAGCAAACUGAAGUCAGUCAAUUGAACUUGGUCAGUCACCCCGUCUUGAAUAUGUGUCCUGUCUUUUAGCGUUGCAUUGCAUGUGCAGUUAACAUUAGAAUGACUUUUCACAAUGUAGUUAGAUUGAGAGUCAACACAAGUGUAGCUUAAACCAAAUUUGAAGGACUCGAGCUUUGUUUGACCUAAAUGAAAAUAUCAUUGUUUAGACUAAGCAAUUUUAGCACAGGUCUUUGGGUCUGUGAAAUCUGAGCCAUUCCAGUUUGAACAGAGAUCUGAUUUCAGAUAUCCACACAAGCCAAGGCAAAGACAGCAUUUUAAGAUGAAGAUUUUUAUCACCACUGGCUGCCACGCUGCUGUCUAAGGCCAUGCUGUACUCAGCCUCAGCACUUUUCCCAGCGCCUGUGCUCUCCUGUCUGUUGCGGUGGCACCAAUUAGAGCUACUGUGACAGUUGUCCUCAGGAGCUGAAAGGCCUCUGUCUUUUGUCUGAGUGUGGAGUAGGAGGAUGAGGAUUCUGUUGUGUCUGCUGUCUCUCAGCUCUCUGGCUCUGAGCUACGCACUGGGUGGGGAUGUGUGUGUGUCGGGUCAUGACAGUGGCCCUGUGUUUGAGGAGCAGCCGUCUAGUCUGAUUUACCCAGAGGGGAUGCCAGAAGGCAAGGUGACCCUGAGCUGCCAGGCUCGCGCCAGCCCUGCUGCUAUUUACCGGUGGCGUGUGAAUGGCACUGAAAUAGCAUUUGUCGAGGAUUCGCACUACACACAGGUCGCAGGAAACCUUGUGAUCAAUAACCCUCAGAAUGGGCGAGAUGGUGGGUCAUACCAGUGUCUCGCCGUCAACCGCUGUGGCACCAUCAUUAGCCGAGUGGCUAACCUCAAAUUUGGCUACCUCCAUGACUUCCCCCCUGAGAGUAGAAGCCCUCAGACGGUCCAUGAAGGUGCAGGAACCUUUCUUGCCUGUCAGCCACCAGCUCAUUACCCAGCAUUGUCCUACCGCUGGUUCAUAAAUGAGUUCCCCAACUUCAUCCAGCCAGAGGGGGGCAGAUGGUUUGUUUCUCAGGUGACGGGUAACUUGUAUCUUGCUAAUGCAAGGGCCAAUGACACGGGCAACUAUUUCUGCUUCACCACCAUCAACAUGGACAUCAGCACCAAGAGCAUCUUCAGCAAAGCUGUCCAGCUCACUGUUUACCCUAAUGCAAACCCAAGGAAAGCCGCUCCAAAUGUCCGAGUGCGUUUUCCCGCUGAGACGUAUGCAUUAUCGGGACAAACUGUACAGCUGGAAUGCUUUGCCUAUGGCAAUCCCAUUCCUAAAAUCCGCUGGAGGAAGGUCGAUGGGAUUUUACCACCGAAGGUCGGCGCAAGUGCAGAGGGACCCACCCUGAUUAUUCCUGAACUGAAUUUUGAUGACGAGGGCAUGUAUGAGUGUGAGGUUUACACCUCAGAGGGCCGUGAGACACAUCAGGGACGUGUCUCUGUGCAAGCCCAGCCUGAGUGGCUUCAGGUCAUGAGUGACUCUGAGGUGGAAAUCAGUUCGGAGCUGCAGUGGAGCUGUGCUGCUUCGGGCAAACCGAGACCCACCAUUGGAUGGCUCCGUAACGGACAGCCCCUCACCACACAGGACCGUGUGGAAGUGAUUAACGGGCGACUGAGGAUCAGUAACCUCGCCUUGGAGGAUUCAGGGAUGUAUCAGUGUGUGGCCGAAAACAAACAUGGCACCAUUUACUCAAACGCUGAGCUCAGAGUUCAAGUUCAGGCUCCAGACUUCAGGUUAAAUCCAGUACGUAAGCUUGUUCCUGCUGCUCGUGGUGGACAGGUGAAAAUGGAGUGUAAGCCUCGGGCGGCUCCUAAACCCACUCUCUUCUGGAGCCGUGGCACAGAGCUACUGACCAAUAGUACCAGGAUAACAGUCACUCCAGAUGGAGUUCUGUGGAUCUACAAUAUCAGUCGCUCCGAUGAGGGAAAGUACACCUGCUUUGCAGAAAACUACCUUGGCAAAGCCAACAGCACGGGACACCUGUCUGUCAGAGAUGCCACAAAAAUCACAUUAGCACCCUCUAAUGCUGACAUCAAUCAGGGUGAAAAUGCCACUCUGCAGUGCCAUGCGUCACAUGACCCUACUAUGGAUCUCACCUUCACCUGGUUCCUCAAUGGAGUUCUGCUGGACCUCGAGGAACCAAAUGGAAACUAUCGGCGUUUGGAGGGGAAAGAGACGAUUGGUGACCUGUUGAUAGUGAACGGACAGCUCAGUCACGCUGGCACAUACACCUGCACGGCCCAGACGGUGGUGGACAGUGCUGUGGCCUCGGCCAAGCUGGUUGUGAGGGGCCCACCAGGACCUCCUGGAGGUUUAUUGGUGACUAGUGUCAAUGACACUUCAGUUGAGCUGAGAUGGAGUCGUGGAUAUGAUAACCACAGUCCCAUUGGCAAGUAUGUCAUCCUGGGCCGAUCCUCACAGACUCACGACUGGAAGAGGAUGAGGACAGACCCUGCGAACAUAGAAGGAAAUGCUGAGUCUGCACGUGUGAUAGAUCUUCGACCCUGGAUGGAUUAUGAAUUCCAGGUUAUAGCCAGCAACAUUUUGGGUAGUGGAGAACCAAGCAUGCCCUCCCAGCCUGUCCGAACCAAACAAGCAGCACCCACUGUGGCUCCCAGUGGACUUGGUGGAGGUGGAGGAAACCGUAAUGAACUUAUCAUUACAUGGACUACCAUGGCCAGGGAGUAUCAGAAUGGAGAUGGCUUUGGUUAUAUCCUGGCAUUCAGAAAGCAAGGCAUGCCAACAUGGAUGGUGGUGAGAGUGCCACACGUGGAGUCAUCACGAUAUGUGUACAGUAAUGAGAGUCUGUCAGCCUACUGCCCUUUUGAGGUCAGAAUCAAGGCCUACAACAAGAAAGGAGAAGGUCCCUUCAGCCAGAUUGCUGUGGUACAUUCUGCAGAAGAGGAGCCUACCAUAUCCCCAAGAAGGAUUAAUGCCACGGCUCUGACAGCUUUUGAGAUUCAGGUGUCCUGGGACCCCAUUCAACAUCUGAACAUUAAUGGAGUUCUUCGGGGUUAUGAGAUUCGUUAUUGGCGACAACAUGAACGUGAGGCAGCUGCGGACCGAGUGAGAACGGCAGGGCUGGAGAGCAUGGCACGAGUCACGGGUCUGAGGCCCAACACUCUUUAUCAUGUCACUGUAUUGGCCUACAACAGUGCAGGCACUGGCCCAGCCUCCCCAAGAACCACUGUCGUCACCAAGAAACCUCCCCCCAGCCGUCCUCCAGGUAACGUCUCAUGGAAGAUUGCUGGUUCUUGGGUUACUGUGAGAUGGGAUCAUGUUAAAUCCAUGGACAAUGAGUCUGCCGUUCUGGGUUACAAAGUCCUCUACAAGCAUGAAGGGCAUUCUUCCUUGAAGAUAGUGGAGAAAAGCAAGAACUCUAUCACUCUGCCGUUACCCAAGGACAAUGGUUAUGUGGUUCUGGAAAUCCGCUCGUGGGGAGAUGGAGGAGACGGAGCAGCCCAUGAGGCAAUAGUGUCUCAAGAUUCAGGCACUGGAAUGAUGGUCCAGAACAGUUCUGGCACUUCUGGGUCCCUCUGCACAUCUGUUCUGUUGUUCACGGCACUCGUUCUCAUUGGCUCAUCUGGACUGUGAUGAUAGCCAGGGAUGAGGCAUUUCUUAUUGAAUGGAGCAGGUUUUCCCCAGAAGGGACAGGCUGUAGGUUGGGGGGGGGGGGGUCUGGGGGGUGCUGAUGAGGAAAGUUGGAAUAGAUGUGUGGGGUGUAAAGUUUUUGAAUUGAGGAGUGGAAGGUUCUUUUGUAUAAAAAGGUUUUUUUACAAGGAUGUUUGGACAGAAAGUCAUUGUGGGAGACUUUUUUGAUUGUUAUCAUUUUAGACGCUUGCCUUAGAAGCUCGGAAACUCAAAAUUGAGCACUGAUCAUGUCAGCAUUUGGUUGUAGUUUCUAAAAUUCAACAACAGCUCUAUCUUGUUGAUUUCGUCAUAGGUGUAAAUACACAUGGAUGUAUUGGUGACAUUUCCAUAAUGGAUGAAACAAACACUUUUUUUUAUACUUGUCGGCAGCAUAUGGACUGCAAAAUGAUCCAAAUGAAUGUUUACCUUUUUUAUUUUAUCUUUUUUUGUGUGUGUGUCAAUGUAAUUUCAAGCAAGCGUGGAUCAGGAUUUUUAUUAACAGGUUUUUGUAUCUGUGUUGGAAUGAUUGUAGCAUUCUGCCUCCCUCAGUUUUCUAGUUUUUAAAGAAGAAAGGUCCCACAAAAGCAAUGGUACAACAGAACCAGAUUCGUGUAGUUGUUAAAGUGGGCUUGGCUUGGCAAAGUCAUCACUCUGUUAUCUCAUUGAUAUUGCUUUGUCUUUUUCCUCAAAGAUUACAUAAAGUUGACGUCCAUGGGCUGUUAAUUGCUUUCUUGGCACACUGCAAGAGCGAGACUGAACAUUGAACAAUGCUGAAGAUAACAUUCAUGGACAAACAAGUUAAUUAUUAUAUAAAGGUAUUGUUUUCUUACAAGAACUGGCUCAAUCUUUGGAUGCUGUCCUUAAUGGCAGACACCUUAAGUGACAAGGUCCUUGCGACUAAAAGAAUUAGGAGACGUGUUUUGGUAGGCUGACAUUAGAUUGUGAGCAGGGUUGCCAGGUUUUCAUAACAAAACCCACCCAAUUGCUACUCAUAAUUAGCUCAGUAGCAUUUUGAGGGGUGUCCCCUGUAAAAAAUUGCAUUCCAGUGGGUAAAAUAAAAAUUUUCGGGGAGGUUUCCCUGGUAAGAAUCGCAUUGCAGGGGCUAAAUGUCACGUUAUUGGGGGCGCUUUAAGCCGCUGACAUGAAAAACAAUCUGCGGCAACACUGUUAAAGCAGCCCAAUUCCGUGGGAAGACCGCAUACUUGGCAACAGUGAUUGUGAUGGUCUUAGCGACAAUUCUGGGGCUCUCGGGUCACUCUAACAGGUCCCAGGACACUUGUCUGCUACAAAAUCCAGCUCAACCUAAACCUGCCAUGUUUGUUUAAAAACCUAUAUGGAUUUUUUUUUGCUGUUAUGUUUUCCUUUUUAUUUCCUUUUUAUUUAUUAAUGAACAAAACUAAAGAUUUCAGAGAUCCUCUGCUGUGCUUUUUAGAUUUGUAUUUCAAAACUAUGACUUCAACUACCGAAGUACAAACUUGAAACUGUUAUGAAAUCGUUUGAUGUGCACAAUGCGUCAAAUUUCAGUCUGAAGCUUGUACUUUCAGAUCAAAAAGGUACAAUGAAACUGUUUGAAUGUUGUAUAUAUUUCUUUCCUUCACCCUGCUUUGAUUUUCAUUAGUGCCUGUUCAGUGGGAUUAUUUCUUUAGAAUUAUUCACUUUUUUUCUAUUCAGUGUUUCUAUUAAAUGUAUUUCAUUUUCUAUUUAACACUGUUUUUAUCAAGUUCUUACUGUAAAUGUAGUAUUUUCUUCGUGUGGGGGGUGCUUGAUUGUUUGAGCUCCUUCAUUUUGUCUUUUUCAUCUCUAACACCUUGUAUGAUCAUUUAUAUCAAGCAAUUUUAUAUUUUGCCCAUUAACUGUAAAUUACAAAUCACGAUCAGUGGCAUUUAAAACGAUUUUAGCCAAAAACACAUAAUAGCAUCAUCAGUAGCUCUAGUCCCACACCCUGGUAGCAGUCGAGUAAAUGUUACACUUUUCAAAUGUAGAAGCACUCAAGUCAUGUUAGAACUACAAAACCAAAACUAUAGUGUCCAUGUCUCUUGCCCUUGGUUUGUACUUCUAUUUCAAGUGAUUUUAAGUGCAUUAUGAGUCCACUAUGUACAAUUUCACAGCUUUCAAUUCUUGUAUCAUUUAAUUCGAAAAUCAUUCUGCUGUGUUUCACGUUGUGUGGUUUGCCCCCUUUCGUGUUCAAUCAGGGCUUCGUCAGUCACAACCCAACAUUUAUAGCCGCUAACAACUUUCCAAACUUGUCUGUAUUUACGCUUGCAGGAGUCGAAUGGCACGCUUGUAGUUUCACUCUGAAUGUCACUCAGGUUGUGAUGUCAAGUGGUCUCUUCGAACUACCAUGAACCACAUUUGUUGUAAAGUCGAGCCUGUCCACUGCGGACUGAAUGUGAAUAAUGCAGCACUUGUAAAUAUUCUUCAAUAAAAAACAUUUUGACUGUA